AUGACAAUGAACCCUAAACAAUCAAUGAAAAUCUAUAAUCUAACAAUUUUCUUCUAUUAUCGUCAUUCAGGUGGCAUUAUUGGCAUAGAGAGAUUUGUCAUAAAACUGUCUAACAGACUUCACAAAAGAGAAGUAAAAGCCACAACAGAUUUUUUCUGUGCUUAUAUGCACUUCUUGCUUUUUCUCUUCGUGAACGUCAUCCCCCUCUCGGCCAUUCCAUCUUUAUGGUUGUCAUAUAGAUUGACCCAGUCUUGGGGCCGCAAGCAUGUCCUAGUGUGUGGAUCAGUACUUGCAAUCUUUGGAAGCCUAUUGACUGCUUGGUUUCCUAAUGCUAUAUUUGGCUUCAUUGGCUUGGCCAUUACUGGAUGUGGCGUGGGGUUUCUCCUUCAGGUAAUUCCUAUGAUAUGCCACGAGACUAAUAUCGGAGAUGCCCAAGGCCGUACGUCCUAUGCUUUCAACUACAUGCUUACGUGUGGAAGCACAGUGGCGAAAGGUAUAAAUCUAGCCGCAUCCCGCAACUUCGUAAAUGGAUGGCGGUGGAGCUUAGUUGGGUGUGGCAUUUUUGCCUCUCCAUUGCUCCUGUUAUCAGUUCUGCUUAAUGAGACACCGCAGUUUCUCAUUAAGCAAGGGCGAGUGGAGGAGGCAAAAGUAACCCUCCGGAGGAUACGGAAAUCUGGAGCAGAAGUGGAGCUUCAACAGUUAGCUCGCCGAAUUGAAAAUGAAGACAAGAAGCUCUGGAAGAAGCUGCUACACUCACCAGUUUUGGUGAUUAAUGUAGCCGCACAAAUUUUCCAGCAAGUCUUAGGCUUAGACUCCAUCCUCUUUUUCGGGCCUAUGUUCUUCGAGUGGAUUGGGUACACCUAUCAUGCCGCAUUUAUAGCUUCAUUCAUUGUUGGUGCAAUUCGAACUGCGAUGGCUGGUCUUACAUUAUUGAGCUACACUUUAUUCAGGCGGCGAAGAACUCUUCUUUUUGCAUGUGCUGGCAUGCUUAUCUCCAUGGGUACUUUGUUUGUUAUCUUCCAUGGAGCAGAUCCUCUAUUCCACCGAAGGCAACAGAGUGACUACCUUACUAUUGUCCCCAGCAUCCUCCUCAUAGCUGGUUAUAGUCUGCUUUCGGGCCCUCGGGGUUGGACAGAGGCAGCAUACCCUGAAGAUAUCAGAGCUUUAGGUACAUGUUGUGAGACGACAGUAUAUUUAUUCAUGACAAUAGUCAUGAAUCUCGUUACGUUGCCUCUUAUUUGUGCCUUGAAGGCAUGGGUAUUUGCUUUGCUAGCUGUUGUGGUUCUCUGUCUAGGAGGUAUGAUAUACAAGUUCUUACCAGAGAUAGGGAAGAAGGAAGGCGAGCUGCCAGAAGAAGAGAUUUGGAAACUACAUUGGUUUUGGAAGAGGUUACUUCCAAAAGAUGGUAGUGCGGAUGGAGUGUAGUAGGCCUUUUGUAUUUAGAGUGUAGUGCUUUGUACUAGUUUCUAUUUUGUAUGAGUACAGUAUUAAGAAUUUGGUUCUGGUAAAAGUACAGACUAUAAGAAUCAGAUCUUCUUUGUAAUAAAUUUCUAGUGACAGAUUUUAAUUCCAGUUCCAAAUUAUCCUGCCUUACGUAAAUAAUUUCAG